AUGUGUUCUGUCUCCUCUAAUGACGACUGCGUGCUCGCGUCACUUCCGUCUUCUUUCGCGCCGGAGAGACGUGCUGGCGCCCCUGCAUGCGUUUCCUCGUCUCCCCUUCCCUCGUCGUUCCCUCCCUUUUCUGCUUCUGCUUUCUCGCAGUGCCGCUCUCUGGAGUUCUCGAGAGGCUGCGCAGGCGCGCCGAGCCUCUUGUCGCAUCUCUCGUCGGGAAGCGUCGCCGCCGCUUCUUCCGCUCCGUCUCUUCAGGCUGCUCACGCCGGCGGGUCGCGGUACCCGACUCGGCUGCUCCGCGACCGCGAGUGGGAAGUCGGCGAGACUGCCCAGAGAGACAAAGAGGACGGUGCGGCGCCGACGCUUCUCCCGCGACGCCCCAGAGGUCCAGGAGGCGGCAAGGCUGCCGCAGAAAUGCUCCGAGGCUACGACUUGUACAUGUGA